AUGGCCCCCAACAAGACCCUCAUCUACAAGAAGCUCCCCACCGGCAUGCCGGUGCCGGGCGAGCAUCUCGCCGUCGAGGCGCGCGAGACAGACAUUGAGACGGCGCCCAAAGGCGGUCUCGUGCUCGAGAACCAGUACGCCUCCUUCGACCCCUACAUGCGCGGCCGCAUGCGCGACCCGAGCGUCAAGUCGUACGCCCCGGCCUUUGAGAUUGACGGACCCAUGGCCAACUCGGUUGUGGGCAAGGUCAUCAAGAGCGACAGCGCCGAGUUUGCCGAGGGCGACCUGGUCAUCGCCUUUGUGCCCAUUGCCGAGUACGCGCGCAUCGAGGACCCCAAGGCUGCGAGCGUGCGCAAGGUGCAGAACCCCCACAACCUCGACCUCGGCCUCUUCCUCGGGCCCCUGGGCAUGCCCGGCCUCACGGCCUGGUCCGGCCUGCACAAGAUCGGCAAGCCCCAAAAGGGCGAGACCAUCUUUGUCAGCUCCGCGGCGGGUGCCGUCGGCCAGGUCGUUGGCCAGAUCGCCAAGCGCGAGGGUCUGACCGUCAUCGGCUCCGUCGGCUCGGACGAGAAGCUCGAGUUCAUCAAGCAGCUCGGCUACGACGGCGGCUUCAACUACAAGAAGGAGUCGCCCUUUGACGCCCUCAAGAGGCUCGCCCCCAACGGCAUCGACAUUUACUUUGAGAACGUCGGCGGCAGCCACCUCGAGGCCGCCCUCGAGAACAUCAACGAGAAUGGUCGCAUUCCCGUGUGCGGGAUGAUCGAGAGCUACAACACCCCCCGCGAGAAGCAGACCGGCGUCCGCGGCCUGAUGCACCUCAUCCGCACCGGCGCCACCAUGCAGGGCUUCCUCGUCGGCAAGCCUGGCUUCGGUCCUGACUACGCCAAGGAGCACCAGGAGAAGAUGCAGGCCUGGUUCGCCGACGGCUCCAUCCAGGCCAAGCUCCACGUCACCGACGGCAUCGACAAGGCUGCCGAGGGCUUUGUCGAGCUGUUUGAGGGCAAGAACUACGGCAAGGCUCUGGUGAAGAUCCGUUGA